AUGUCAAAAUAUCGGCGAGAAGUGAUGUCGCAGAGAAAAGUCGUCGAUCAUGUGCUGGAAUUGCGACCCAAUAUUCACAUCGCAAAGGAAAUUGUGAAAGAUGGGGUCCGAAUGGUCGAUGGCUACUUCACGAGCCCGCACGCGCUGCUUUUCCCACAAACGAUGCCUGGCAACGUUGCGCGCGCACAUUUCCGAGCCUAUCUUCCGAUCGUUCCGGGACCGUUGUGCAUUCAUUUGGCCGGCACCGGCGAUCAUUCAUAUUUUCGACGCUCGUAUUUGCUAGUGGAUGAUCUACUGAAGGACGGAAUCGGCGCGAUUCUCAUUCAGAAUCCGUUCUACGGCGACCGCAAACCGCCACAUCAAUUUCGGUCGUCGCUUGAAAAUGUGUCGGACCUUUUUGUGAUGGGCGCCGCCCUGAUAGCUGAAUGCAAUUAUAUGCUCUCAUGGGUCGAAUCGCGCGGCUACGGACCAUUCGCCAUUUCAGGGGUGUCGAUGGGUGGAUUCAUGGCUCAAUUGGCCGGCUCCAACACGAAACACGCAAUCGGUAUUGUUCCGAUUCUAUCAUGGACAACCGCGUCGCCGUCGUACACGAAAGGAGCAAUCGCGCCUGCGGUGAACUUCAAAGCUCUUCAGAAGCAGCUCGAAGACCCGCAUUACAUUGAAAAAUUGAAGAGUAUACCGAACGUGGAUUGGGUUGAUCGAAUGUAUCAAAUGACGGAAAACAAUGGAGAUUCGCUAGCGAUAAACAUGAUGCGAAUUCUGAUGGACUAUUUCACGAGUUUGGAGAAUUUCCCGACGCCGAUCGACACAUCGCUCUGUCAUGUGUUCCUCGCCGAUCAGGACAUGUACGUGCUGCGUGAUGAUGGGACGCCGACGUAUAAGCAAGUGUGGCCGGAAUGCACCGUCGAGAUGAUGGAAGGCUACGGUCAUGUUUCGGCCUAUUUUCUCAAACACCAAACAUGGCGGAGGACUAUACAGAAGUUGUUGAAUAGGCAAAAGUCCAUCAUUAGAUUAGAAUCGUCUUAA